UGAAAUUGAGUGGUAGGCCAUAGCGAUCAAUAUUGUAGUCAUGAUGCAAGUGGCGUGAGUAGUUGCUCUGUGGCUUGCCACUUGCGGCUCGUCCGUCAUCACUGUUCCAAGAUGAAAAGAAAAAGCGACGUACUCGCUGCUGUGCAGAAGAAUGGAUUACAGCUAGCAGAUGCUCCAGAUGACCUCAAGGCUGACAAGGCAGUAGUGAUGCUGGCUGUCAGCAAAAGCGGGGAAGCACUGCAAUAUGCAGCGAAGAAGCUGACAGGUGACAAGGAUGUCGUGUUGGCAGCCGUGCGUCAACGGGGUACAGCCCUUCAAUUCGCAGCAAAGAAGCUGCGAGCUGAUAGGGAAGUGGUCACUGCGGCAGUGUCGAACUCCUCCAUGGCAUGCUUCAGCGAAGAACCACUUGCUUUUGCAUCUCGAGAGCUCCAGCGCGACAAGGAACUUGUUCUUACCGCGGCGUGCAAGUGUCGGGCGACGCCCUUAAACAUGCAUCAGCUCAUCUCAAGGCUGAUAGAGACGUGGUUGAAGCAGCUGUGGCGAAGAGUGGCUGUGCGCUGAGGCACGCAUCCUUUUGCAUGAAGGCGGAUAAGGAGGUGGUCAUGACUGCUGUGGCAAACUAUGGCGGUGCCAUUGAUUAUGCCUCAGCCGCAUUGCAGCGCGACAAAGACGUGAUCCUGGCAGCUGUAAAGCAAUCAAGUCUCGCCCUUUGCAAGGAGUCUAUAGCCCAAAGCGCGGACAAGGAGGUCAUCUUGGCAUGCAUCAACUUUCAUGGCGAAGGGCUCCACUAUGCUUCUCAGGAAUUGCAAGCGGAUAAGGAGGUGGUUCUUGCUGCUGUGAAGAAAGAUGGCUGGGAGCUCCGGUUCGCAGCGCCAGAGCUGAGAGCUGACAAGGAAGUAGUGCUGGCUGCUGUGAGACAAAGGGGCUUGGCGCUUGCUCAUUGUGCCAAGGAACUGCAGCAUGACAAAGAGGUGGUGCUAGCGGCCAUGUCGCAGAACGGCUGGGAGUUGCGCUAUGUGCCUGCGGCCAUGAAGGACAAGGAGGUCGUGCUGACUGCAAUGGCACCGAAUGGUGACGCCCUUCACAUGGCGCCUGAAGAGCUGAGGAAGAACCGCGACGUGGUGUUGACAGCUGUCAGGCAGCAUGGCCACGCGCUGGGCAAAGCCUCAGUGGAACUACGGUCUGAUCGUGAUUUGGUACUUGCAGCAGUCAUGCAGGAUGGCAGAGCUUUGGAAUAUGCAGCUGCUGAGCUGCAAGAAGACGAGGCAAUAGUGUUUGCAGCUGGGAGGCAGAAUGGCCUCGCCUUCAAUCAUGCCGCCACUAAGUUCUUUGGUGCACCUUUGUGGCAAGAAGCCCAGCCGUUUUUGCAAAACCUGUGGGUCUUCAGGGUGUCAAGACUGAGCGGAGCAUUUUGCUAUGUGGUGGCCAAAAGCGACUACACGUCGGAAAGGAUCCUUCGUGAUGUGGCCCGGAAGUUGGGGAUCGUCUGGUGGACGGGUUGUCACGAUUCCGACGAUAAAUUCGAGCUCUUGAGGGACUCGACACGGCUCAGGCUGUACAAAGCUCACGUGAGUUGGUGGAAUCUACCAGAAAGUGAGAAGGGUACCAUAAUCGACCUCAAACUUCUUGUGAAAGUUUGACGAGAUGUGAACAAUGAAUUUGUGUUCUGUUGCAGCUACAUUGAGUCGGCAAACGCUGAGAACGCUGGCCAUGAAAAACGCAGGGGGUGCUCCGACCGCCGCUAACCCAUAUAUGGCAAAUGGAUGCAAAUGGCCAAGCUGGCCAAGUUGAUGCAAUGUUGCUGUCACAUUUGGCAUCGUGAGGCUGUA